AUGAAGAGUGUGCCCGGCCUGUGUGUCGGCGUAUCACUAGGAGCUAUACACGUUUUUUUAGCCAAUUACAAUACUCCUGUAACUGUUAUGCCGGCUGACAACGUAUGUAAUAUGAUUAUCACCUCGGUUUGGCACGCUUCCAAACCAAAGUAAGUAUAUCAUUUACAACUUAAUAAUCUGUAGUAUAAUUUUUUUUUUUGGGGAAGGGGUGUUUGUCGAGAUUCCAAUAUGUAUAACAUUUACAUACUUUUAUAUAUCUAUAGGGAUUUUUUGAAGGAAGUUUUAAAAAUUCAUAUUUUCCUUUAGAAAAUAAAAUACAAAUUCCACUUAAACAAAUUAUUUGAAUAAAUUUUACCAGUAAAUAAGAAUUAACUUAUUUCAUAUUGCAUCCUAACAAAUACAUAACAGAUACAUAAAAUAUUAUUGUUUCUAAAUCAAAAUAGUACUAAGUUAUUUGAUCAAUUUUGUAUCAUCCGUGGUGAUGUUAUGGAUACCAGUCAGGUUCUGGGAGAAAAUACUAUUGAGGCACUGUGACACUAUAUGAUCCAUUAUUUGCUUGGUCCCUCCAUAAUCUCACGAAAGUUUAUCUGUUUACUUUAAUUUAAGUUAAAAGUGUUUAUAUUUGCCUUGCUCUAUUAUAUUCACUAUCAACAACCUACGUCUUGGAAUAAUCAUCCCUUUUAAUAUAGUACAAAUGGUAUUUUGUUCGUAGCCUUUCCUGCAUGUACCAAAUCCUUUUUUUAUAUUUUUUAUUAUAAUUAUACAUUUAUAUAUUUUAUUAUUUCAUAGGUCAAACGAUUUAAUUCCCGUAAUCAACCACACACCCUAUGAUUCUCCACCGUUAGGUUUUGGUGAAACUUUUGAGACAAUUGCAAAUCUAUUGAUGGAACACAGCAUUGGUUCAGAAAAACAAGUAAGUGAAUUCAAUAUUUCAAUCUGA